CGCGGUGGGGCCUCCAGGCCACAGGCUUCGGAGUCCUAGGGCGCUUUACCUGUCCUGCUGGCUCCCAGCACCAUGUCGGUGAGGACGUUACCGCUGCUCUUCUUGAACCUGGGCGGGGAGAUGCUUUACGUCCUGGACCAGCGCCUGCGGGCCCAGAACAUCCCGGGAGACAAGGCCCGCAAGGAUGAAUGGACAGAGGUGGACAGAAAACGAGUUCUGAAUGACAUCAUUUCGACCAUGUUCAAUAGAAAGUUUAUGGAGGAACUGUUCAAACCUCAAGAGCUCUACUCCAAGAAGGCCCUGAGGACUGUUUAUGACCGCCUGGCUCAUGCUUCCAUUAUGAGACUGAACCAGGCCAGCAUGGAUAAGCUCUACGACCUGAUGACCAUGGCUUUCAAAUACCAAGUAUUGCUGUGUCCCCGUCCCAAAGAUGUGCUGCUGGUCACUUUCAAUCAUUUAGAUGCCAUCAAGGGAUUCAUCCAAGACUCCCCAACCAUCCUGCAUCAAGUGGAUGAGACUUUACGGCAGCUUACAGAAACAUAUGGGACUCUCUCUGCUGGAGAGUUCCAGCUGAUCCGACAGACACUCCUCAUCUUCUUCCAAGACCUGCAUAUUCGGGUAUCCACAUUUUUAAAGGACAAGGUUCAGAAUUCUAAUGGGCGCUUUGUGUUGCCAGUGUCCGGGCCUGUUCCCUGGGGAACUCAAGUUCCUGGACUCAUCAGGAUGUUCAACAACAAAGGUGAAGAAGUCAAGAAGACAGAAUUCAAGCAUGGUGGAAACUAUGUCCCUGCAUCCAAAGAAGGUUCUUUUGAACUUCAUGGAGAUCGAGUCUUGAAACUUGGAACUAACAUGUACAGCAUGAAUCGGCCUGUGGAAACGCAUAUGUCUGGAGCAUCAAAGAACUUAAACUCACAGACACAAGAAAGCAUUGCUCCAAACCCUCUUGCUAAAGAAGAGUUAAACUUCUUGGCCAGGCUAUUAGGAGGGAUGGAAAUUAAGAAACCCAGUGGCCCUGAACCAGGAUUCCGGUUGAAUCUCUUUACUACUGAUGAAGAAGAGGAACAUGCAGCACUAUGUAGACCGAAAGAGUUAACCUAUGAAGUCAUCAACAUACAAGUUACACAGGACAAACAACAGAAGGAAGAACUGGCACGGAUUAUGGGAGAGUUUGAGAUCCCAGAGCAGCCAAAGCUGAGCACCAACAAGGGGGAUGACUUGCUCGCUAUGAUGGACGAGUUAUAGUUGCACUGACCAGACACAGCCUCCCACCUCCCCAGAAAAGCUGCUUGAAGAGAACCUCUGUGGAAGGAAGGCCAAGAAUCUCCCACUGAUUGAGGCUGGUACCUCUCAGUCCCUGAUUAUGUCAUAACAAACUGCAAGGCUCACUCAGAGAAUACCCUCUCCUAAAGACACACAUGUAUAUGGAUUUUCAGCAAAAUAUAUCCUGGCCGUUAAA